ACCAUAGUAACCAGAGUACGAGGAGCUUAGCAACGCCAGAAGGAGGAGAGAGAUAGCACACAUCAGCGGCGAGCGCGAAGUAGACAGCCCAGUACACAUUACAUUGGCUGAUCAAGGAGAAAAAUCGAGGCGAAUAUUUAUUUUAAAUUUACGGGCAAUCGUAGUUGGACUCGACGCUUUCAAGCUUUUGCGUGAUAUCAAAAACUACAAAAUUAGUUAAUGUCUGACAGUUUGGGCCAGUUUAACAUCUAAAUCAAGUGUGCUCUUGACGUAAUAGUGUAAAACUGGUAAGUCUGAAUUCCCAAUUGGUAAGAUGAAAUUCGUUGUGAUUCUGGUGGCGGCAGGCAUGCUGGCCUUUCUUGGCGUGGUUAUCUGCGUUAUUGCCAGCGUUUAUCCGCGGUCAUCGUUCGCCGCGCCCCACGCACUCACAGGCAACCGUUCAUUGUCAACUGAUGUGCUCCUUCACUCCCUCUCCCCGGGAUCUGUGGCACACGCCGGACCGCUGGGAGCUCUCCGUGGUUCUGAUUCAUAUGAGGAUGGAGGUUUGGGCCUUGGUGUGGAAGUGCCUUUUCUUAACGAACUAAGUCCCGGUGAGGUUACGGGCACAAGUCCGAAACAGUUCACCUUUGAUCGACUGAUUUGCACGCCUAUUCCUCCCGGAGAGUGCAAAAAAAGGAGCCUUAAACGAGCCGAUUAUCCGUACGCUGACGAGGACUGGAGCUACCUCAGCGCUACUGCCGAAGAGCUCAGACAAACCGUCAUUCAGCAGAACGACCAGAUCCUCACGGACCAGCGGACCAUCAAAGAGCUCACCGGAAAGCUCUCUGAGUGUGAGAGCGGCCUGGAGGAGCGGAGUCUAUCCGAGCGCAGCCUCGGAGUGUGGGCCGGUAACCGCCGACCCAUGGCCGGGGACGACGUGAGCAUGUCGGUCGCGAUGCAGCUGCAAACAGCGCGCGCCGUGGAAGAGCUGGAGAAGGCGAUACUUCAGCUGAAAGACCGCAUAGAGAAGUUAGAACUGGAGAUGGUUCCUGUAGUCCUAAACCACUCGGAAACUGUGCUAGGGGCUCCCGGCCUGGGUCAGCCUGGCGGGCAGGUGGAAGACAUGGGCAAUGCACUGGAGCAGAAGGUGACGCUUCUGGCACAGGAGAGGAAGAACUUGCGAGAGGAGACACAAGGUCACCACCGGCACAUUGACCAGGGUAUCAACGCCCUGCAGGAUCGCAUCACCGAGCUGGAGCAGAGCCUUAACAGUUACCCAAUGGGCUACAAGCUCUCCUUCCCCAUGCGUACUGACUACAUGUAUGGGCUGGUGAGACAGAACAUUCCGGAGAUGUAUGCGUUUACGGCAUGUUUGUGGCUCAAGGCGGCCGGCAACGGGAUUGGCACACCGUUCUCCUACGCUGUGACAGAGCAGCCCAACGAGCUUGUCCUGCUACAGGGCGUGCACAGCCCGGCCGAGCUGCUCCUUAACGACAAGGUGGCACAGUUGCCCCUGUCUUUCCCCCAGGGCAUCUGGCAGCAUGUGUGUGUGAGCUGGACUCUGCGUGAUGGCAUAUGGAAGGCCUACCAGGGAGGCAAACUGAAGGGGCGGGGUGAGGGGCUGUCGCCAUGGCAUCCAAUUAGAGGAGGUGGGGUCAUGGUGCUGGGUCAAGAACAGGACACCCUGGGUGGGCGCUUUGAUGCCUCCCAGGCCCUGGUGGGGGAGUUGUCACUGUUCAAUCUGUGGGAUCGAGUGCUACCGUCAACAGAGGUAGCUGCCCUGGCGUCGUGUGGGAAGCCCACCCUGCAGGGCAGCGUGGUGCCCUGGACCGAACGGGACGUGGACAUGUUCGGUGGUGCCACCAAGGAGCCAGAAGACCCCUGCUCCCGUGACGCAGGGCCCCAAGAGUGAGGCCAGCUGAGUGGGUGGAGUGUAGGUGGGUGGGGU